UACACAGUGGUGACAGAGAGAUGACCUGAGGGGACUUCUUCUAUCUCCACAACAAUGUCCAUGAACAGUUCCAAACAGCCAGUGUUUCCUGCAGCUGGACUAAUCGCCAACACGACCUGCCAAACUCAAAACCGACUUUCAGUAUUUUUUUCAAUAAUCUUCAUGACAGUGGGAAUCUUAUCUAACAGCCUGGCCAUUGCCAUUCUCAUGAAGGCGUAUCAGAGAUUUAGACAGAAGUCGAAGGCCUCCUUUCUGCUCCUGGCUAGUGGCCUCGUGAUCACAGACUUCUUCGGCCACCUCAUCAAUGGGGGGAUAGCUGUCUUCGUAUAUGCUUCUGAUAAGGACUGGAUCCGCUUUGAUCAGUCAAACAUCCUCUGCAGUGUUUUUGGGAUCUCCAUGGUGUUUUCCGGUCUGUGCCCACUUUUCCUAGGCAGUGUGAUGGCCAUCGAACGGUGUAUUGGAGUCACCAAUCCUAUAUUCCAUUCUACGAAAAUCACAUCGAAACACGUGAAAAUGAUACUGGGUGGCGUGUGCAUGUUUGCCGUUUUCGUGGCUUUGUUACCCAUCCUUGGACACCGAGACUAUCAAAUCCAAGCAUCCAGAACCUGGUGUUUCUACAACACUGAGCACAUUGAAGACUGGGAGGACAGGUUUUAUCUCUUGUUCUUCUCUUUUCUGGGCCUCUUAGCUCUUGGUGUGUCGUUCUUGUGCAACGCCAUCACCGGAGUUACACUCCUAAGAGUGAAGUUUAAAAGUCAACAGCAUAGGCAAGGCAGAUCUCAUCACUUCGAGAUGGUCAUUCAGCUCCUGGCCAUAAUGUGUGUCUCCUGCAUCUGCUGGAGCCCCUUCCUGGUAACAAUGGCCAACAUUGCAAUAAAUGGAAACAAUUCCCCAGUGACCUGUGAAACGACACUCUUUGCUCUCCGUAUGGCAACGUGGAAUCAGAUCUUAGACCCCUGGGUCUAUAUUCUGCUGCGGAAGGCCGUCCUUAAGAACCUGUAUAAGCUUGCCAGUCAUUGCUGCGGGGUGCACAUCAUCAGUUUGCACAUCUGGGAGCUCAGCUCCAUCAAGAAUUCCUUAAAGGUCGCCGCUAUUUCUGAGUCUCCAGUGGCAGAGAAGGAGAGUCAGCAAGCAUCUAGUGAAGCAGGACUGUAGGUCGAUGCAGAGCUGGAAGGAAAUCGGGGGGAGUUUUGGAAACAUCUCAGUCAAUCAGAUCGAUAGCCUAACUGGAAAAUUUGGACUGCGGUGUAUGGAUCGGGAGUACACUGGAGGGACACAGCUUCUGAAUUUGUUGUACUGGCUGCUGCAUGGUUGUGCAUUUUCACUUGUUUUUGUCAACAGGAGGUAGACGGUUACAAUGCAGUGGAGUUGAGUGGAACGCAACUUUUGAGUUUAGUUGUGUGACUUGUGUUUUUGGAAUAAAUGAAUCUA